CAUCACUAGGCGACACAUCACUAGUAGACACAAUGGAGCUGCAGUGAUGAUACAUUGUAGCCUUCAUCCAUGAUAUUAAUACAUCCAUCACUGUAGCAGCAGCUUCACUCACAGAGAGCAUCAUUAAGCAUCAUUUAAAUGUCCCUCUAACUCGGGCACUGAUUAACCGUUAACCGUUAACCGUUAACUCUACAGGCAGCUAGCUGAGCAGCUGCUGGAGCACCACUAACCGGCAUCAGCUGCACCUCCUCUCUGCUAAACUAAGCUAACAUCCGCUAUCAGAACUACCCAGCUGAUAAUCUGCCUCAGAGAUUAUUAUUAUUAUUAUUAUGAUGGAGUUUCCUUUUGAUCUGAACCAGUUGUUCUCUGAGAGAGUCUCCAUCCUGGACCAGACUCUGGUAGCAGGUCGCAACUCAACAGGAAGGCCACAUCUUCAGGCCCACAUAGCCACAGUUAUUGAUGAACUUGGGACAGCCUCAGCAAAGGCCCAACAGCUCCCAGCGUCUAUAACCAGCGCUUCUAAGCUGCAGUCCCAGAAGCAUCAGCUCUACCUGCUGACUGACGGAGAGCGCAACAGAGGACGAGGUGCGGCUCUGGGAUUUCUCAAGGUCGGCUACAAGAAGUUAUUUCUGCUGGACCAACAAGGUGUGCACGUAGAGGCAGAGCCACUGUGCGUUUUGGAUUUCUACAUCGCAGAGAACCUGCAGCGACAUGGCUACGGGCUGGAGCUGUUUGAUUUCAUGCUGCAGCACAAGAAUUUAGAGCCCGUUCUGAUGGCUUACGACAGGCCCUCGCCCAAAUUCCUGUCUUUCCUGUCAAAGCAUUACUGCCUGACACCGAGUGUUCCUCAGGCCAAUAACUUUGUGGUGUUUGAGGGCUUCUUCCUCAACAGAUCAGGCUCGCCCUCCUCUCCUCUGACGGAUCAGGGAUGUUCGGCUUUUUCGGCCAUGCUGAGAAAGGUUCCCCUAAAAAAGCCGGACGGAGAGAUCAAACCCUACUCUCUAAUGGAGAGAGAAGUGGUGCGUCGGGAGCAGCGGGCUCGUCCCUGGCCGUUUGCUCCUCCUCACUCCCCCCAGCGGUCGGUAUCCUCCCAGUGCUCCCACUCCCUCAGCGUGGGAUCCUCCCCCAGCAGGGCACCCCCGCGAGCCGCCCCAGCUUCUGCCCCUGGGGGCAGCAGGGACCAGAGCCCACAGUCCCCUCUCGUGGAGCGCUGCAGGGCAAGACGCACCAGCCAACAGGGUCUAAUAGCCAGACGCAGCCUGUACAGUCGGCAUAUGGACGGCAGAGCUGUUGGACUGCUGGACAGAGCCUUGCCAGCACCUUGUGCCUCCUCAGGUCUGAGACCAGUGGGGGAUCAGUCACUGGGAAACACAGACACACACAGGUUGGCCAGUAUUCACACAGCACCAAGCAGGUCCCAGCCGCUCUCACUUCCACCUCUGUUUGCAUCCAAGAAGGACGGCAUCUGCAGCCAGACCUCCGUAGACGGCGCAGAGACACGGCUGGACUCAGAUGCCGAAGCCUGCGGUGUUAAAGAGGAGAUCAGGGUGUUGGACAGUCCACAGCGUCCACAGCAUCGAGGCAGGUCGGUCAACCAGAGACACGUGUUGGAGAAGGAGAGAGACCGAUGCAACCCGAACGGCUCGUGGACUGUAGGAGAGAACUGCUACACCGCCUGGUGGGUGAAGCAGAAGCAGGAACACAGGAGCACCCGGCCCUGGUGAUCGGGAGCGCCCGGCCCUGGUGACCGAUCGGGGAGCGCCCGGCCCUGGCCCUGGUGAUCGGGAGCGCCCGGCCCCGGCCCUGGUGAUCGGGAGCGCCCGGCCCCGGCCCUGGUGAUCGGGAGCUACUUUUGCUCUAAACUGAGACGUUUUUUAAAUGUUAUUGAGUUGUGGAAGCGUUCGAUGCUUUCAGAACACAUUGUACUCUCAUGUGUUGAGUCGACACUCUGCAGCUCUUCAGGGCCCAAACUGUGUUCUGGAAGAAGACGUCUUUCUCCUUUAAAAGGGCUUUUUGUAAUGUUGGUCUCCAAGAUGAGUCAUUUAACUGUCAACCAGUUUAAUCUUAACUAGUUAUGAGCCAAAUAUGAAGGUGUUUCACUACAAGAGCCGUCAGACACCAACAUCCAAACCCAGUUGAAAAAAUCGCCAAAUAUAUAAAAUAAACUUUCAAAAUCA